GAGUGUCCGCACGAGUCGGCAGAUCCCCGGAGGCACCAUGGCCGCCCUGGGCAUCAUGGUUGCCCUGCUGGUGUGGAUGGCCACCUUGCUGCUCAUCUCCAUCUGGACACACAUCUACAGCAACAGGCGACUGCCCCCUGGCCCUUUCCCACUGCCCUUCGUUGGGAACAUUUUCCAGUUGGAAAUUAAGAAUAUUCCCAAAUCCUUCACCAGGCUGGCAGAGCGUUUCGGCCCGGUGUUCACCCUGUACCUGGGCUCACGGCGCUUCGUGGUCCUGCACGGCUAUAAGGCCGUGAAGGAGGUCCUGCUCGACUACAGGAAUGAGUUUUCUGGCAGAGGAGAAACCCCCGCGUUCCAGGUGCACCAGGACAAAGGGAUUAUUUUCAAUAAUGGACCGACCUGGCAGGACACCCGGCGGUUCUCCCUGACCACCCUCCGUGACUUCGGGAUGGGGAAACAGGGCAAUGAGCAGCGGAUCCAGAGCGAGGCCCAGCUCCUGCUGGGGGCGCUCCGGAAGACCCAUGGCCAGCCCUUCGACCCCACCUUUGUCAUCGGCUUCGCGCCCUACAACGUCAUCUCCGACAUCCUCUUCCACAAGCGCGCCGACUACAAUGACAAGACGGCUCUGAGGAUGCUGAGUUUGUUCAAUGAGAACUUCUACCUGCUCAGUAGCCCCUGGAUCCAGCUUUAUAAUAAUUUCCCAGGCUACAUACGUUACCUGCCUGGAAGCCAUAGAAAACUAAUCAAAAAUGUGUCUGAAAUAAAAGAGUAUGCUCUAGAAGGAGUGAAGGACCACCAGAAGUCGCUGGAGCCCAGCUGCCCCCGAGACUUCACCGACACCAUGCUGAUGGAAAUGGAGAAGGAAAAACACAGUACAGACCCUGUGUACACCUUGGACAACAUUGCUGUGACCGUGGCCGACCUGCUCUUUGCGGGGACAGAGACCACCAACACCACCCUGAGAUACGGGCUCCUGAUUCUCAUGAAACACCCGGAGGUCGAAGAGAAACUUCAUGAAGAAAUUGACAGGGUGAUUGGGCCAAGCCGAUUCCCUGCCGUCAAGGACAGGCUGGAUAUGCCCUACCUGGACGCCGUGGUGCAUGAGAUUCAGCGAUUCAUCGACAUCAUUCCCUCCAACCUGUCCCACAAAGCAACCCGGGACACAGUGUUCAGAGGAUACGUCAUCCCCAAGGGCACAGUCAUAAUUCCGACACUGGACUCCCUCUUGUAUGACAGCCAAGAAUUCCCUGAACCAGAGAAGUUUAAGCCAGAGCACUUUCUGAAUGAAAAUGGAAAGUUCAAGUACAGUGACCAUUUCAAGCCAUUUUCUGCAGGAAAGCGGGCGUGUGUUGGAGAAGGCCUGGCUCGCAUGGAACUGUUCCUGUUUUUGGCCUCCAUCCUGCAGCACUUUAACUUGAAGUCUCUGGGAGACCCCAAGGAUAUCGACCUCAGCCCCAUCGCAAUUGGGUUUGCCAAGGUCCCCCCCCAUUACAAACUCUGUGUCAUUCCCCGCUCACAAGUGUGAGGCACACGUUCUCUGAAGACCGCAGGUCCCUUGAUGCUGGCCUGGAGGCCUCCUGCUUCCCUGUGCCCCCUCAGCAAGGCUAGCCAGGGCUCCACAGGGAACCAACUGGGCCAGAGAGGCUGCUUUCCAGGCCAAGCACAUUCUUCAGAUAGAAUUUGAAACAAAGUCCAUAAAAGAUUGUGUCAAACUAAUUAAAGUAAUUAAAGCAAACUAUGACUUAGCUUGUGUUGGAGUUCCUAGAAACCAUGAUGAGUGAGAACAUAUCAGUGUAGGUUACACUAAGCUCUUCUGCAAAAGUAGACCUACCCAGCCACCAGUCAGCAUCUCUUGUAAAGGAUUCACAGGAAGGAGUACAGACACUAUUUUGCUGUUUGGAAAAAAUAAAAAUAAUAUACCUCCGGAGGACUUGUUAGCCAUAUCCUAAGUGUAUCCCCUGACAUCUUUCCCUAGGAUGUGAAGUUAUUCCUUUGUGCUCACUAAUAGCAUUAUCCUGCGCUAUAUUUUAAGAUUAAAAUAUGUUUGAAAAGUCA